AUGGCUCAUCCUAUCGACCGCGUCAACACGGUUGAGCCAUAUCUCGGUCCGCCUCUACCACCACCUGCUGCUCUCCAGUGCCCAAGCAUAACAGAGAUGCUACCGACACAAAUUCUUCCGCGACCACCAACCCAGGUCAAUCUGACCUAUGCUAGUUUCACGGCUGAGUCAACCGCUGGUCCACCACAAUCUGAUCCUAACCAGCCGCCGCCGUCCAAACGUGCCAGACUAGACGAGGAUGAUGCGGAUGCUGUUAUUCACGAUGAGUCCCUCAACCCUCCUCUGCAUAACAGCCCUGGAAACCCCAAACGUCCCGAGACAUUCUUUGAUGCUCAGGCCGAAAGAAAACUUGCUGGCUAUCUUGGCUUCAUCUCAAUAGCUGAACUCCACAUUUGCGCAAUUUCAUGGCCGCUGCUGCGCGCCACGGUGGCUAUCUAUCCUAUCAACCACAAGCUGAACAAAGAACUGGCGCUUACCCUUUUGCGCGAUGCUGAGCGCUCGGGAGAGACAGCAACACCUGGCAAUGACUGGUCCCUACUCACUUCUGAUGGCAAAGGUCUCUCAAACGCCAGAAAGGCGGAACACCUUGCAAUUGUGCUAAUCAAUCUGAAAUCUGAUCUGGCCACCAUGACCGCUGCCCCAGAUAAGCAAAAUCAGCUGCAGCACCAACAUGACUGCCAGAAAUUCAACAUGACAUACUCCACCCAUCAAUGCCCUCAAAUCAGCUAUCCAGUCAGAGCUCCAAUCCUGUCACCCUUGCAAGGCGAGGACUUUCUCGAAUCAUACAACAGAUGNUUUUUGCUCCUUCGGCACGUGCGAAACAUUAUGAAAUCAAACGUCUUUGACACUAGAUACAAGAACGACAAUUUCAAAUCUGGCCAACCUGUCAACGAUGAACACAAGCCACUAUGGAUGCGUUCGACUGUUCCAUCUAUACCUACCACUAUCUUAAAGCCAGCAAGCCAGAUGACCGUCGCCCAUGGCCUNCGGCCCCCUAGUCCCAAGCAAUCCACUGCUCAACUUAACUACUCCACUAUACACCACAUCGAAAUAACACCAUGUCAUGCUCCUGUGGUCGAUUCUGUUCUGCCGAACGACGCUGCCAGCUCAGAGAAGCCGACUGCCAACAUCACUCCAGUUCCAAGGUCUUUUGCCGUCAUCUGGGAUCAUGAUCUAGAGCCCGAGAGCAUAAAGUCAGGACUCAGGCGCGCCUUGAAUCGAGCUCAAGCCAGAGGCGUAGACCCCCCUUCGGAGUUGCAGAAGCUAAGAAAGGAUCCAAGGCAGAUGGUCGAGGAGCCGUUGUUGUACGAGCAGAUCCGAAUGCAGUUCAGAUGUCAAUUUCUUGGUAUUGACCUGAGUAAACUCCUGCUGCAGUACACAACAUCAGCAUUCGGGGACUCAAUGACCGUCAAGCAGAAUCUUCAGGAUGAGCCUUGGAGUGAUACUCAAGCUGCUCUUUCGGAUCCAGCCAACGGCAACUUCNNUGUCUUUCGUGUUGGUUUCUUUGCUGUGGAAGACUAG